CACUAUAUCCUCAUCGUGUUCACCCAUCACUCUUAGUAACACUUACCAACUCUCCAACUCUCACUCUAAAUCAACGAUGUCGCAACCAUCCGGAACCAUCGUUUUCAACACCGUUGGGAGACCCCAAUACGGCUUCGACAUUUUCUCAGUCGACCUCCACAACCACCACACUGCUGCCUUCGCUGACCGCCGACUCACGGACGGUGUCUCAAUAAACUUCAACGCCCAGUUUAUUGAGGAAAACGACAGUGUCGUCUUCGUCUCAGAACGAACAGGGUCGCCCCGGUUUUACCUAACCCGACCCGAAGAUAAACCCCAACCUUUGCCCUUCGUCCCUAAUAGCCUCUUCCACGAUCGACCAACUAUUAAGAACGGCAAACUCUACUUCGUUUCGACCCACGAGCCACCCGAACCUGAAACUGUUUUCAAGAGCUGGAAUGCCGUUUAUUCCACCGCCGUAGACAGCGUCGAUGGAGUAGUGACUAGGAUUACACCUAAAGGUGUGGUUGAUUACAGCCCUGCCGUGUCACUCACCGGGAAAUUCAUGGCCGUCGCUUCCCACGGCUCCGGACUGUGGCGCGGCGAUUUCCGAGAGCUUGAAACGGAAAUCGUUGUUUUCUCUGAGUCCGAACCUGAGAAUCGCGUCGUCGUGAGUGAGCGUGGCGGAUGGCCGACUUGGUCACAAGACAACACGAUAUUCUUCCAUAGAAUUGCAGAGGAUGGCUGGUGGAGCAUUUUCCGGGUUGAUUUAUUCGAUUCGGAGCUAUGCCGAACGGACCCGCCGGUUCGGAUCACGCCGGCAGGAGUACACUGCUUCACGCCGGCGGCAAUGCACGAUGGAAAGCGUAUCGCCGUCGCAACUCGCCGGCCAGGGAGCAGUUUUCGCCACAUUGAGAUAUUUGAUCUUGAAUUGCAAUCGUUCCAACCAGUCACGGAAACAAUAAAUCCAAGUUUCCACCAUUACAAUCCUUUCGUAUCUCGCAACUCACGGUACCUUGGGUACCACCGAUUCAGAGGCGACCCAACUCAGGGCGAGUCCACGUACCCGCAUCUUGAUCCUGUUCAGUCUCCAAUUCAGAACCUACAGUUACUGAGACUAAACGGUUCGUUCCCCAUCUUUUCCCCAUGUGGUGAUUUCAUUGCUUUCAAUCACGAUUUUGACGGUAACGGCGGCGUCAAGAUAAUCAGAUCCAAUGGUUCGAAGCGCUGGACAUUGCUGAAGGGACGCACGUGCUUCUACAACUCUUGGAGCCCAUCGGAGAAGCACGUUAUAUACACCUCCGUGGGUCCAAUUUUCGAGUCGGUUUCGAAAUCGGUUGAAAUCGCACGGAUAGAAUUCGAGCUGGACCAUCUAACCAAUGACCGAAAAGAGAUUCCAUCUAAGAUGAAGAUUCUGACCAAAUCCGGCACCGGAAAUAACGCUUUCCCGUCGUGCUCUCCGGACGGGAAAUCCAUCGUGUUUCGUUCUGGUAGAUCAGGGCACAAGAAUUUAUACAUAGUUGACGCUGUUGACGGCGAGUUUAACGGCGGUUUACGGAGGCUGACGGAAGGAGCGUGGAUCGAUACGAUGCCGUGUUGGUCACCGAAGGGUGAUCUAAUUGCGUUUUCUUCGAACAUGCAUAAUCCAACGAAUCCAGAGGUUUUUGGAAUUUAUGUGGUGCAGCCCGAUGGUAGUGGUUUGCGGAGGGUUGAAGUGGCGAAGGGAGAAUUGGCGGAGAGGGAGAGGUUAAAUCACGUGUUCUUUAGCUCUAAUGGAGAGUGGUUGCUGUUCACGGCUAACAUAGGUGGCGUGACGGCGGAGGCGGUGUCGUUACCAAACCAGUUUCAGCCGUACGGGGACUUGUAUGCGGUGAGGUUGGAUGGGAGUGGGUUGAGGAGGCUGACGUGUAAUGCGUAUGAGAAUGGGACGCCGACGUGGUACGAUGGGGUUUUGGCGCUAUGCUCUGAAGAUGAGAAGGAAGAUGAUAGUGACGUGUUGAUGGGUGCUUUUCAAGAACCACUUUGGAUCAACUGAGGGGUGACCUGCUAGGGGUUCCCCCUGUCGUAAAGGAUUUGAAUCUGAAAGGUCGCAUUCGGUUUAAUAAUAUAAUAGUAUGUGAUAAUCAUUCAAUAAUAAUUUUACGAAUUGCAUUGAAAUGAUUAGUUUGUACUUUGUACAAUAUGGUCAUGUGCAUUAUAAGUCCAUCCAAUAAUUAUUUUACGAAUUGCA